GUAUCCCAGAGCUGGGCUUGCUGCAGUCUCAAGCAGACAGAGGAGGAAAGUAAGUGCUGCUUAGACUAGUUCGAUCUCCUCUUCCAACCUGCAGCCCAAGAAGGUGAUUGGAGCCGCGCCGCAUCGCGCAGCCCGAAGAUUAACAAUGGUGAAAAUCGCCUUCAACACCCCCAACGCUGGGCAAAAGGAGGAGGCGCGGCAGGACGUGGAGGCCCUCAUGAACCGCGCCGUCCGGGCUCAGAUCCUGACCGGCAAGGAGCUUCGAGUUGCCACCCAGGAAAAUGACGAUUCUCUUGGGAGAUGUAUGCUUAUGCUUUUGGGCAUUUCAUUCAUCUUAGCAGGACUUAUUAUUGGUGGAACCUGCCUUUACAAGUACUUCAUGCCCAAGAAUACCAUUUACCGAGGAGAAAUGUGUUUCUUUGAUUCUGAGGAUCCUGCACAUUUCCUUCGUGAAGCAGAGCCGUACUUCCUGCCUGUGACCGAGGAGGCUGACAUUCGUGAGGAAGACAACGUCGUGAUCAUUGAUGUGCCUGCUCCCAGUUUCUCUGAUAGCGACCCUGCAACCGUUAUUCAUGACUUCGAAAAGGGAUUGACUGCUUACCUUGACUUACUGCUGGGAAACUGCUACCUGAUGCCACUGAAUACUUCCAUUGUCAUGCCUCUAAAGAAUAUGAUGGAAUUCUUUACCAAAUUGGCGAGUGGGAAAUACCUGCCUUACACUUAUGUGGUCCAUGAAGACUUAAUUGCUAUGGGGGAAAUUCGUGAUGUUAGUAAUCUUGGCAUCUUUAUUUAUCAACUUUGUAACAACAGAAAAUCUUUCCGCCUUCGUCGCAGAGACUUCUUGUCUGGUUUCAACAAGCGUGCCUUUGAUAAGUGCUUCAAGAUUAGACACUUCCCCAAUGAAUUCAUUAUUGAGACCAAGAUCUGUCAUGAGUGAGAGGCAGAAACGACAUAUCUUUCCUUGGUAUUAAGAAGUCAGAGAUUUACAAGAUGACUUCAACAUUAAAGUUUAUGAGAUACCCAAGAUAUUUACUCUUUCCUUUACUCUAUUGCUUAUAGUAAAAAAAUA